UUAAAUUCUGAAAGUCCUAUGUCCUGCAGCACCUGAACGCAGCAUCUGUGGAUUAAAUAAAAACCCUUUAGUUUUUUUUCACUUUAUGUAAUAGUUUUACUUGGAAACAAACUUCCACGGUUCAUCGCAGUGGAAAGAUGCAGGUAGAGGAACACAGCAGACGGUGAUGUGGGACAGGUCCAGUGUCCUGGCUCUUUUGUGUGUAUCAUUUAUCUCCACAGCUCAUUAGGAUUUCAGGAUAAAUAAGGCCGCAGCAGACGGGACAGGCAGCCAGGCCCGUCCUGAAGCAACACACAACUGCUGCUGCUGCUGCUGCUGACGACUGACUGCAGACUCAGGCUGCCCCGACAUGCACACGCUGUGAAGCCUCCUCCCGGGUGGGAUCUCCUCUCUAACUGGACCCACGCACGGAGCUAACACCCCGCAGAUUUUGAGUUUGGGGUUAUGAUCCACGGAGGACACUGAUGAUUUUAGGGGGAUUAUUAGUGGCUGGAGGCAGACAGGCUGCUGCUGCUGGUGGUGGUGCCUUCAUGGGACGGAGGUGAAGGAUUUUCUUUUUGGUUUGAGUGGAGUUGAAACUCCUGCGGCAGGGAGCUACACGGACAGAAGAAGAGGAAGAAGGAGAAGUGUCAUUGUGAUGGUGAUUUUGCUCCAUCUGUGUUUCAGUCACCAUCAUCAUCAUGUUUAUCAUCAUUAACCUUGCAGGGCUGCAGAUUUUGGUCAGUUCUUUUUUUUCGGGAGGCAUGAAAGUACCACGUGAACACGCGACAAAAACACAGUGAGCGAAUGGGUUUUAUAACGCUCACGCGCACACAGCCCCUGCAUCUGCAUCUGAGGGAUGAAGCUGCAGUGUUUACAUGUUUCCUCCUCCUCUUCUUCCUCCUCUUCCUCCUCCUCCUGCUCGCGCAUGGUGAAACGACAACACACCUGAAUGUGUCUGAGUGUUGCAGGCUUACGUGAGCUCUUGUGCGUUGUCAGUUAAAAAAUAUAUAAAUAAAUGGAUGUAAUACAUGAAUGCAGUCCAUGAAUGGUUGCUGUGCUCUUCAAACAGGCGCGCGCCCUCACUCUCGGGACAACAAGGGUUUGAUUUUCUCCUGUGGUGUCUGUGUGGAGCGUGCCACACACCCACUCCACAACAACGACGGCUUUUGCUUGCAUCUUCCAGUGUUUCUUCUGUCAGCAAGUCCAGCAGAGCUGCAACUCUUCCAGUGCCAGCCCUGACACCAGCGAAGAGCCCUGCCCAACUGACAUGGUGAAGAUGACCAAGUCCAAGACUUUCCAGGCUUACCUGCCAUCCUGCCACCGCACCUACAGCUGCAUCCACUGCCGGGCACACCUGGCCAAUCACGACGAGCUCAUCUCAAAGUCAUUUCAAGGAAGUCAAGGAAGAGCCUAUCUGUUUAAUUCAGUGGUGAAUGUCGGCUGCGGGCCAGCAGAGGAGCGGGUACUCCUCACAGGUUUACAUGCUGUGGCUGAUAUCUACUGUGAAAACUGUAAAACCACCCUGGGCUGGAAAUACGAACAUGCAUUCGAGAGCAGUCAAAAGUACAAAGAGGGAAAGUUUAUCAUCGAGCUGGCUCACAUGAUCAAGGACAAUGGAUGGGAGUGACGUCGCAGCUGCUCGUACUUUUUUUUUGACCUUGGAAUGCUCUUUACUGAACUGCGUGGAGCGAUGACCCACCCCCCCAACCCCUACCCGACCCCAGUGCCCCCUACGAACCUCCACAGACCUCCACCCACUUGUGUCCUUCAUGUGCGUGCGCACACACACACACACACACACACACGCCCACCUGCUCAUUAUGAAAGUGAACAGAACCAACGACUUGAAAACUGCGACUAAGCAGCGGAGCGAAAUCAUGUCACAGGAGUCCCGUCGUUUACUUUGAAGAUGUGUGUUCUCCUUUGCAGCUCCUGAGCUUUUGGGUUUGACCCCCACCCACUUAGUCUCAUGUCGUGCUCCUGACCUCAGCCCCCCUUCACACAUGAACCACGCGUACAAGUGAUUAUGGUGAUAUGGCGACCACUCAGCGAGAGGAGAGAGACUUCACUGAAAGGACAUUUCUUUGUUUUCCUCUUUUUGCCCAUUCAUUCAGAUGGACUUUUUUUUGGUUAUUUGUAUUGUUAUUUUGUUGUAGUUAUAACGUUUGGGUUUGGUAUGGUUUUUUGGUUUGAUGGCAGAUGGAUGUUACUGGUUAGCAUUUUAUUUCCCUGUCAAGUCUCUCAUGUCUUGUUUAUGCGUUGUUGUGUUUACUUGCUUUUGGCUUCUCGUAUCUCUGCCUUUAGCUGAGCAUGUGUUUCUUUGCUAAUGUCCAAAUGAGCAUUUGAAAGGGUGAGGAGUGUAGGGGAUGGGGAGUUUGUUGUAGUCAAAGAUAUGUAGCAGCGUCUUGCUUUGUUUUGUUUUUUUACGUGACAAAGGAUGGGAUUGUGGUAGUGUGGAAUUUUACACCUGAUUCCUUUUUUUUCAUCUUUAUUCUUCAUUGUGAAUUUUAGUUAUCCCACCCCACCCCCCCACCCCAAAAGCACCUGGUAUUUUAACCUAAAGGUGUGUGUUUAUGUGUAGACAUAUAAUAUACAUACAUAUAUUAUAUAUGUAGUGUUUGACUAAAUGCGAUUGUGGCUGGUCCCAGUUUGCAGCAGAAAGGAAAUGGAGCAUAGAAAUCAUUUCUAGACUGACAUCAGUGUCCACUCAUCAUGAAACAAAAUGGCGGAUUGUAUUAUUCCAUUGUCUAGUAAUGAAUUAACAAAAGAGACACGCCUCCAUAUGGGUAUACAGAGUACACGCAUCCUAUGAUUACCCAUACAUAAAAACUAUGAAAAGGUUCGUAGUUUGUAGAUAUUGGAACAUGGAUUCUAUAAAUAUAUAUAUAGAUAUAUUUGCUGUCCUGCACAGAUGUAUAUAUGCAUAUGUCUGUGUGUAUAUAUGUACUGUGUGUGGUCACGCAUUACACAAUGGCAUACUUGAACGGCGCUUCUUCGUUUGCACUUUGCAGAGGCCUUUGGUUCAUGUCAGUUUAGAGGCAAAACGCUUGUUUCUCUGUCAUUGUCUUUUUGUUUUUUUGUUGUGGCCUUCUCACGGACGAAAGUCUGUCAGGACUGUUUAGCAGCUUUUUCACACUUUGAUUUUAACCUUAUUUAAAUAACGUAAACAAACGUUCCCUCUCAGUUUUUGCUUGAUUUUGAAAAGUAUAUCUUUCAAAUCUUCGCUGCUGUCCUACAAAUCCCGCCAUUUCUCCCCCCUCUGGUCGGUCUUUUGCACUUUAUUGCUGAUCCAUCGCUCUCGCUCUCUUCGAGACUAUGAAUUGUCUUGAUGUGGACGCCAUCUGUGAUUUGCCUCUAAGCCGCAUGAAUCGUGUGCCUCUUCAAAAAUAUGAACAGCCUCCCCACUUUUUUUCCUACUGUGCAGCGCAUAACUCCAUAACUCUUGUUCAAAAUGUUCCCUCAAAAUAAUGUUCUUCACCAAACUCCUCAUGACGUUCUGCCCUGUUUUUUUCUUUUUUUGGACAACGGAGUGUUGAUAUACUUACACAUAUAUAUUUUCUAUGCUAAGAUUUAGAGGUGCAAAAACCAGACGGAUAGUCAGUAUAUUCUUUCUUAAGACUAAAGAUGAGAACGAGGUUUGGACUUUGAGGGAUGCCCCGGGGCUUGUCACCUGUCUUUUUAAAUAAUGGGUAAAAAAAAGAAAGAAAAAAAGAAAGGAUGACAGCAGGUCGUGGAGGGGCAGGAUGGGAUGGAAACAAUUUAAAAAUCAGCAGUGAUAGAUUACUUUGCCGGCAAGGUCAGUCGUAUCACAUGACCUUUUAUCCUGAAAACAAUGACAAUGCAAAACCCUUAAUAGUCAGCAGUGAUACCUACUUGAAAAUAUAUAAACAGUUAAGAUAUUGGCCCGUGUUACAGUUUUUGUACAUAAAGUAACAUAUUUAAGGUUUUAUAUGUAUUUCUACUGGGUUAGUUCUGUUACUUCCCCAACUUGAAGCACUUUUGUUCACUGUACCUCUGGCUGUGUGAGUGUGUGAAUGUGUGUGCAUGCAUGUGUAUUAGCCCACAUGCAUGUCACAGUGAGUGUUUAGUUCCUUUCCCUCUGACGGUUUUAUUUCUUUUUUUUCCGACUUGAGUUUGGAAGUUGUUGUUUUUUUUUCUUUUGCAUCUGUUUUGGGUUUUUUUUGUAUUUGUUCUCUCCAGUAACCUGUGAGGUCAAGAAACAGGUUAGUUUGUUUGGAAGAGAUUUAUCCCCAUUGUUUGGUCAUUUCUUUAGCUUGCGUGGUGAGGGCCCAUUAGCAGGCCUGUGUUUAGGUCUCUGCUGAGCCAUGUAGACGUUGAGGGGCGAGCUGGAAUCUCCCACCAUGUCGCAGGGAGAGCCUUUACAAAACCCUUUCACCACCACAAUCUUUGUCUCCUGUAUAGAGGAGGGCUUUCAGGUUGAUGAAACGCUCCCUCUGGCUGCCACAUUGGAGGUCCUUAGCAUUGGCUGCGCUGGCUGUGAACAUCUGAUUGUAUUUGUUGACAAUUUGCUCACAUAAACAUAACUUGUUACUGUUACUUUUCUAAUUCAUUUGAUCUGAUUGUUUUCAUAAUGUUAGCUUAUUACCUGCGUAAAUUGCUACAUGCCAGUUGUGCACCUGAUAAAGUUUGCAUUGAUAGAUAUUUAAAGCCGCACCUGUCCUGUUUUUCUCACGACAGAUAUUCAGGCUUCUCUCCGCGUCGCACACUAACUUCUCACCUAACUGCUGUGGUAGACGCGAGUUUUUCUCUGGGUGUGUUAGAGCACCAUGAAAUUAGUGCUGAGCGUGGACUUCAAGCUUCCAACCUGACGAAACUCUUUUGUGGUGCAUUCAAGUGAUUCAAGUGUUACUGUGUUGCUGUUUGUCAUCAGUGCUGGUAAACUGUUGCAUUUCAUGAUACACUUGCAAACCACUUGAGAUUGAAUGUUCAUCCAUGGCACUGGAAACAGCAGUUGACAAAAUAAUGUAAAUUUUAAAGACUUGUGUGACAAAUCCUUAGGUGCUGGGAGGAAUAUACAUUUGAACAUUUAUAACAACUAGACAAACAGAAAUGUUACUGACUUCAGAAACUGUUGAGAAGCACCUGAAUGCACCAUCAUGAGAGGACGUUGAGGCUUGCUUUUGACUUCAGGUUCUCCACUAAACACACUUUCAAGGGCUGUAUCCUUCAAAGUUCAUAGCCUCUGAACUGGGAUGAAGCUUUUUGGAGAAACAAUAACAAUGUCUAAACCUCCGAGUGCAGAAUCCACAUGUUAUUUUGGCCCAGAUAGGAAGAUUUAGCACAAGUUUGUCCAAAAUAAGAAUCUGCUGGUAAUAAUCAAGUGAUCCUUUAUCUGUUACCCUCUUAAAUCAGUGAUUCAUUGUGUAAAAUUUGAGAAAACAAACUAUGACUAAAAUUUAAUCUAAACACUGAUCAAACAUGUUGCCAACGGGGUCCAAAAACUAACCUUUGCCUUGGGGCUCCCAAGGUUUUCCCCAGCCAAGUCAUAUUUAAAAGGUUUAGUGGUCCGACUUUUUUCCUCACGCACAGCCAGUUUCUCCAAAGGAUCUCCAACAUGGCAUUUGUGACCCAACUGCAGGGCCUCUCUCUACUCUCCCUUUGAUCAGUCAGCCUGGGUUGAACCAACAAAAAGCAGUUGCCAGUGUCAUGCCGGUGUGUACCAAAUAAGAACCAGGUUCUAUCGAAUGCAUCAGUGUCAUGUGUCAAGACGACAGGUAGGAGUUAAACCAAAAUCAAAGAAGAGAAAUCCUGUCACUUGUGACAUUGUCUUUCUGUAGAAUGUUUUGAUUCUCUGAACUUUAACGGUGUCAAAGCAGCCUGGAUGAAAAAAAAUGUAGAUAUUUGCUGCUGAAUACUGUUUACCUUUUAUAGUUUUUUUGUUUUAUUUUGACACUGGCUACCUACUUUUGUUACUGUUACUUUUUACAACUUACGCAAAAGGAUCAAAGGCAGGAUUGGGUAUAAAGGGGAAAAGAUUGAACUGUACGUUCUUUUCUUAGGACUGUAAAACUACAGUUAAAGGUCUAAAGCAUGUUGUAUUUGUAAUGGCUAUAUGUUGUGCCUGUUUUAUUAUUAUCAUUAUUAUUAUUAUUGUUUAUUUCCUAAAUAUAAAACAAAAAUAUUCUAUGCUUUUUUUUUAUUUGACUACAUUGCUUUGCAUUCUGUAUUAGUAAAGCCAUGUCACAUGUCUGUUUUCACUCUAAUGUAAACUAUCAGAUAUCACAAUAAAUUUUCAAUGGCAUUAA